AUGGCUUUUUCAAAUUCUUCCGAUAAUGAGGUGAAACUACCAAUGGGUUACAUGUUUGCACCCACUAAACCAGAGAUAAUGAUUUAUUUGAGGAGUAAGAUUUUGGGUCGACCGCUUCCAUCUGAUGCAAUCCCUACCGUCGACAUCUAUGCCACCAGUCCUGAGGAGCUUCCAUUCAGUGAGUUUAAGUACGGGAACGGGAUAAGGUGGUAUUUUUACAGCACUAAGCCGAAACAUGAUGUUUUCACGAAGGAUGGUUAUUGGAGUUCUUUCUUGGAUGACAUAAUUGUUUCUCAUUCCAAAGUUAUUGGUUUCAAGCGAAAGCUUGUUUUUUAUCGUGGAAACCUAGGAUCAUGGACAAAGACUUGUUGGAUGAUCAGCGAAUAUAGAGCGCACACCAAUGUGUUUACAGCUAGCGAACUUGAUGAAAAUACAAAAGAGAAGAUAUCAAAUAUUGUAUUGUGUAAAGUUUUUGAAGCAGAGGACCCAAUCAUGUUUGAGCAAACCGACAUUUCAGAAAGCACAUCAAGUGAUGACAGUACAGAUGAAGGAGACGAUGCAAGACACUACAAAGAUGGCUCAGAUUCAUAGAGUAUUAUCAAUAGCGGUUUGUUGUAACUAGUGCUUUUUUCCAUGUCAGCUACAUGAAUUCCCUCGAAAAGGACAUAGGUUUUCCUUGUUAAUUCAUUUUCGAUCAGUAGAUCUUUAGUCCAAACGACGAGUUUAUAAGAUUUUACAAAAUUUAGUUGCUGUAAUGUGUUACUUACAUUUGACUUUUUGCUACUUACAUUUGUCGGCAUAGCAUACUUGUUAUCUGGUGAAAGAAUUCUUUUAUUGUUUCAAUUUUAAAUGUGCUUGUGGUUGUGGAACAUUAUGUCCAGGCCUCAUGAACUUCGUUAUGAACUUUGAUUUCCUCCGUUAUAAGACAAUGUAGAAC